CAAAGAUGCCUAGGGGCACAUUCACCAUGAGGUCCAUGAACCGAGGUUGCGGUGUUUCGUUGUGACGCAUCUGAGAGAUGUCCAUCUACUUUGAGUCACUCACCUGUUUAUUAUCUUCGCUACACAGAGCAAUCUCCUCUUACAGAUGCAUCGUUUCCAUUCUCAGCCUCGUAAGGAAAGUAUAACCCCUGAAGCAUCACACGAUGGCGAAUGCACUAUUGGGGAACAAGCGAAUAUCUUGCAGACACUGCGCCCCAAUCGAUCCCCUCACAAAUAAACCCUGGGAAUCAGAGGCCAAGCAUGGAUAAACACGAGGGCCAAGAAUUCCAGGCAGCUCCAAGAAGUGAUAUAUAGACAGCUACAACACCUUGAAGCAUUGUCUCCGUGUCUAUCAUCUCAUUUUCGCGAAUCCCCAAAUAUAGCUUCACUUCAAAAAUCUACCUCAUUGCCAAUUACAUCUAGCACAACUACUACCGCCAUUAUGGCAGAAUUUGGCCAAGUCAAGCAUGCCAUGCCAGGUCUCCAUCCCGCGCAAACAGACGCAGCUCAAUCCAGAGCUCCGAGCCCAACCCUUCUUCAAAAUGGUGUCCCUCAAAACAACCCAAUCCCACUAGAACGACUCGAAAAAGACCCGGCGUACAUCGAAUGUCCAUUCUGUCUAGCUCGAGGACGCAGCACAGUAACAUACACCGACACAGAUGCCACCUGUCGAAUAGCACUAGGGUGCUGCUGCGCGCUCGGCGUCCUAGGCGUCUGGAUGCCAUAUGUCUUCCACUGGGGCGCGGACGUAGACCACCAUUGCUCUGCAUGCAAGCGGUUAGUCGUGCACAGAGAGCAUUAUGGCGGUACUGUUCAGGUGUAUCGUCCGGGCAAAGAGACGGAGCCAGAUGAAAAGGCACCGUAUGUAGCGAUGCCGGGCAUGGAGAAGAAUUUCAAGGUGGAUGAGAAUCCGGUGUUAUCAAGUAGGAAUUGACUAGUUGUUAAUUGAGCACGGAGAGCUUGUAUGAUUACGAUGAACGUUUGUACGAUACUCUUGUUAAGCAUAUAGACCAGAAAACCUCUUAAUGUAAUGC